AUGAGUGUCUCGACAAUAAGUAGUGUCACCUCCACUACUACAACGAGUGCAACUAGACCUCGUGGUCAAGUGAAAGAGGCAGAUCGAGUGUUGAAGAUUCCACGGACGUGUUUUAGGUUGGUGAUAAUCUACAUUUCUGCCGCCAUUUCGGUGUUUCUGGUUCGCAUUAAUGUUACCUUUCGGGAUACUAUGGACUUUGCCAGAGAAGUCAUGGUCGAGGAUCCCAAUAACAUAGUUGGUUGGAGAGUCAUGGACAGCAGGAGUCAGCUUUUCAAUAAGAAGAAUGAUAACAUGAUUGUGUUUGUUCAUCCGGGCAAGACGGGAGGCACUACCAUUGGUUCGAUGCUUCAAGUGUUGUGUACCAGUCGCACCAAGGCUGACAGCCGAGAGUAUUGUCUGAACGAAUGGAACGAUCGACACAACAACCACAAUACUACCACUAGCAAGACUCUUGUCUACCCAGAGAGUCAACUGAGUCGUUCUACCAGAGCCUUUUGGCAUGUCAAUGGAUAUUAUCCCAAUCAAGCUACCGUUCAACACGACGCAUCUCAGUAUCUCAUUAGUCUCAGGCAUCCAGUCGAGCGAGUCAUUAGUUGGUUCUAUUAUAUGCAUCCCAUCAAUUGCCACACUGUCCAUGGAAUUCCAACUCCAAGACAGAACUAUACUCUUAUUGACAAGGCAUGCACCACACAAAGACGCAUCCAAAGACAACAAAAACAAAAACAAAAUGAUAACAGAGAAGAAAGAUUCUACAAUCAGUGCUUUCCCACCAUUCAACAAUUUGCCAUGGCAUUUCACCACAAAACCACAAAUACCAUUAGUCAAAAUUGCCAACAAUUGGCACACGAGACGUUGCAAGGCUAUGGAGGUCCCAAUGGCAUGGCAGGACACUUGUGGGCCAACUAUUCCUUUUACAAGAGUCGAAUGAAGCCGCAAACACCCAUUCUCGUGGUCCGGACCGACCAAUUAUGGCAAGAUUUACAACACAUUGAACAACGAUUGGGAGGCACGGGAGAUGUCUUUGCGCAUCAAUUAGAAUUACAACAGCAACAACAAUCAUCAUCCAACAACAACAACACGACAGACUACCACAAGGACCCAUUGUCGUCCGAGGGAUAUGCGGCACUCUGCUGUGCCAUGGUCAAUACCGAAAUGAAAUCACAUCGGGAAUUGCUACAAGCGGCCACCAACUUGGAUGCCCAGCAAAAACAAGAUACGAUGCAGCAAGUAUACCAAAAGUGUCAUCCCACAUUGACAUCCUGGUCCGACUUGAAACGAUUCUGCAGCAGCAAAAAGGCACCAGCAGCACCACAAGCACAACAACAACAAUAA